AUGCUCCAAUCCGAUCCCAAAUCCAUCCAAGCAGCUUCUCACGACUUCGGUAACAUCACCGAACUAGUCCCCGCCGGAGUUCUUUGCCCUUCUUCAGUUUCAGAUAUCACCUCCUUCAUAAACUCCGUCUUCCUCCAUCAAGCUCCACCUCCAGUUGCUGCAAGAGGCGCUGCACACUCGGUCCGUGGACAGGCCAUGGCGCUUAAGGGAGUUGUGGUGAACAUGACUUGUCUGAAUAGUGGAGUUUUGGUGUCUGGUAAUCAUAACUCGGGGUUUUAUGCAGACGUCGGCGGCGAACAACUGUGGAUCGACGUGAUGAAAGAGACUCUCAAGGCUGGAUUAACGCCGGUUUCUUGGACGGAUUACUUGUACCUGACCGUUGGUGGGACGCUGUCAAAUGCCGGGAUCGGUGGACAAACUUUCCGACAUGGUCCUCAGAUUGCGAAUGUUCAUGAAUUAGAUGUUGUCACUG